AAGAGAAGGGAUAUGAUUUGCCUUGGCGACAAUUUUUCACUCUAUUUUUUCUUUUGUUCCCUUCUUGCACUAUGAUAUCAGCAGCUCACCGUUCUCAUGUUCAAUCACUCUAUAAGCGUUCAUUGAAACUUUCACUCGACUGGUACAUUCAACGAGAUUUAUGGCGUCAAAAGGCUUUAGAAAUUAGAGCCCGAUUUGAACAAAAUAAGCAUGUCACCAAUCCCAAGGAGAUUCGAGCUCUUAUCGAAAAGACAGAACAGGAACUUCAAGAAUUCGCUCAUCCUGAUCCUUAUAGAUUACCCACUGGACCUGAAGGUACUAAAUGGGAACGUAAUCUUCCUCCCAUCAUGUUUGACAAAUCUGCUGCUCAUCACCAUUAAGUUGGAAUAUGUAUCAUUGACAUUAGCAAAAUAAAAAAUAUAAAAAGGCUAUUUUGUGUUGUAAAAAAGAUGAACGAUCACGUGAGUAAGAGCAGUCAAAGUUUAGAGUAGAAAAUAAAGAUAAUAGACGG